UGCCCGUCUAAUUAAUGAGAAGAAAAGUGAAAGUUUCUGAAAAACUUGCCUACUUUGAGAAGCAUCUUCGUCGCCCAAAACCAAGAGCAUUUGUCCACCUGCAUGCAUCACACAUUCAUUGCCCUUUCUACUAAACCCUAAUCAGCAGCUAAUCGCAGUAUCAGUGGGCUUUUGCUCGUGCUUCCACUUUCUCUUGAAACGAAGAGCUUUGACGAGGAAUGGAGGCAUCAGUUCUCAACCAACCCAAAGAUUGGGUGAUAUGCUUCAUUAUUUUGAGUGAUGAUAGCACAACGAGUUGUUUGUAAUUUUUUAAUUUCAGACUUUUCACCUUCUUUAGAAGGAGAGACUUGCUGCUGUUCCGAUUAUGUGGACCAAUGUCUUUAGAAUUGGAGGUCUACAACUUGUUUCAUGGUUCCAGUUGUUACCUUGUGAAUAUGAUGCCACCACCCUAACUGAUAAAAGUGUGAAUGCUGAAGGGCAAAAAGAUGCUUCCACAUUGUUGGUGCUCUCAUCUCAUUUGCAGUUGCAGAAUGAAGGAUAUCUCAGCACAUGGACCAAUUCCUUUGUUGGUCCCUGGGAUCCUUCCCAGGGUGUACACAACCCAGAUGAGAAGAUCAAACUAUGGCUUUUCCUGCCUGGACGUCACACUGCUAUUGUUGGAGCUGCUCAGCCUGCUGUGUCUAGGUUGAGAGUUGUUGGAGCUGGACUCUGGGUAGCCCCUGGAGAUUCAGAGGAGGUUGCAAUCGCAUUAUCUCAGGCUUUACGUAAUCGUAUAGAAAGAGCAAUAAGAGGGCUUUCGUAUGUGAGAUUUGGGGAUGCUUUUACGAGAUGCCAAUCUAUUGCACGAACUGAAAAACAUUUCAGGAGAGUGAUGCAUACCUUCGAGUUUAUCUUUGCUGCCACAAAAGAAGCAAUAUAUGUACAUGUUAUUGUCUCUGCAAAACGAACUCGGAUGCUUUCUGGAUACGACAUGGAAGUGGUGCUUAGGCAUAACUCUUCUAGUAAAUUUGGAGGACUUCCAGUUGUUGUUGCUCCACAUGGGAUGAGGGGUAGUCUUACUGGAUGUUGUCCAAGCGAUCUUGUGAAGCAGAUAUAUUUUAGCAAAGCCAAAGCUUUAAGUUCGAUGACAGUUCUUGGCAUACCUUUCUCUGUUACUCCAUCUUCUGGCUGCAAGGUCAGGGGACAGAACUGCUAUGCAGAAGUUAGUCUGGGGAUACCCAGCUCAAAAGUAGAGACUACAUUGCUACAAAACUCUCCACAAGGAACUGUUGCAAAAUUUGAUCAUACAGAGACUCAUUGUUCCCCUGGUGUUGCUAAAAGUGAGGGGAAACAGGCAGAUUAUGUACAAGCUUUUGAAAGGACAUUCAUUUAUCCCAUGGAAGCUGUGCUGGUUCCAGUUAUGAACACAAUUUUGGCACGAACUUCCCUACGAAGAUUCUGGUUACAAGAUUUGGUGGGCACACUGUUGCUUGAAACAAGUCCACUUUCUGAUCUAUCCAGUCCUCCUUUUUCCAUGGAUUGCUUUGUACCUGGAAGUUUGAACAGAAGUGAUAUUCCGGAGAGCUCAUGGAUUGAGUCGAAUGUACUGUGCCAUCAUUUUUACAAUAGUAGCAGCAAUAGUAACAGUAGUAGCAGUAGUAGCAGUAGCGUGUAUAGCACAUCUAGUGAGAGUGAUUGUGAGGUAGUAAUGGGAUCUGAGGAUCUUGAAGCAGACGCUGAUUCACUUGCAUCUAGAAAGGCUGUUUUAUCUUCAUAUGACAUGUUUGAGAACGAGGGGUCAAAAACUGUACAGGCUUCAAAGCGUGCCCAUUCAGAAAUAACGGACUCAUUUGGUCAAGGAUUAGGUCCAGUGAAAAGUGCACGUAAAGGAAAUGAGUCAACAGCCCAAACCUUAGCUGCUGGGGAUGGUGGAUCUAUUACCGAUGUUUACAGUUCUAUUGAUGCACAUGCUAUUUCAACUGCAGGUGCAGUAAAAGAUAGAAUUGUGAAUCCUUGGGAUUGGGGUGAUGAUGACAGAGGUGUGGGAAUGGACAUUCAAACACUUCUUGCAGAGUAUGGUGAUCUUGGAGACUUGUUUGUUAAUGAUGUUUUGGACUUUGGCGAGCCCCCAGGCACUGCAGAAUCUCAGGCCCUUAUGUUUCCAGUUGCCGAUCCUGGAGAUAUUGCUGGUACCCCUGGUACAGGUGGCCUAGAUGUAUCAGAUCAAAUGCUUCUGCCAGUGCUAGACUUUUCAUCUCUUGAGGGCUUCAAUCAACCACCUACUGCUGUCAAGGACGAUGCUACUAGCCGAGUUCAUGAGCCCAUGAAUGAAAUCCAGUCAUCUGGGGCAGUCAGCAUAUCUUCUGGACAUUCAGCUGGGGAGCUAGAUUUAUUGUCAAAAGCGGAAGCCAUGUUGAUAUUUGCUCCAGAAUAUAUGGCUGUUGAAUCUCCCUCAUCUACCAUGUCUUCUGCUACUUCUACAGGAUAUCAUUACUGUCCAAAUUCUGGAAAAGUUGAUAGUUAUCAGAAAAACUCUGCUGUUUAUUCGUAUGGGGCCACACCACCACCUUCUCCUCUCAUGGGUUCUUCAGAUCAAAUUGCAGACACCCCUGGCAAAGUAAAUGAUGGUUUGACAAAGCGUGACCUGCUCCUCGAGUUAAGAAAGUAUUACAUGGUUGUUCAGAAUGUGGAUCAAUCUGGGAAGAGAUUGCCUCUUGGUAACAAUGGUAUUGUUUCGUCUAAAGGGGAGACAGCAUUUUCUGCUUCAGGAUUUGGUUCAUCAAGCAUGAUGACAUCUCUCCAUGCAAGGAAAACUGAAUAUGAAUCUGGGGCAUUCUGCUUCCUGUUUCCUUUGAGGACUGUGCUGGCAACAGAUGUUGAAUGCCUUAUUCUUCAGGCUGCUAUGUGCAGGAUAAGGCAUGUAGUGUUGUCUGGCAGCGACGGGGUACCACUCGGACUCAACCGGGCAAUUGCUCUUUCAGUCUUUGAUCAGGUUCUUAGUGACGCAAGUGUCUUGUCAGGUAAGAUAUCUGGAAAUCUUGAACCAAAGAAGAAAGAGUCUAUACCAGUAAGAAUAGCUGGCGAUAUUGAAGGAGGAUUGCUUGAUGGAAGCCGAAGUGCACCAGUGGGUGUUUGGCGUUCAGUUGGAGUUCCACAAGGCUCAAAGUCGCCAAGUGCACCAAAAUUUGACAGCUCUUCUCUUCCGAUCAAUGCUUAUGAAGAAGAUGGUGCUAGCUUUUAUGGACAGAAACAACCUCUUCAGGAGCUGCUUGAUGCAAUGGGGUUGUUGGUGCAGCAAGCUACUGCAUUCGUGGAUCUAUCGCUUGAUGCAGAUUAUGGGGAUGGGCCCUUUGGAUGGCUUGCAUUCGAGGAACAGCGGAGGCGUGGAUUUUCAUGUGGGCCUUCUAUGGUUCAUGCAGGAUGUGGGGGUGUUUUAGCUGCUUGCCAUUCUCUAGACAUCGCUGGCGUGGAGCUAUUUGAUCCACUCUCUGCAGAUGUUCAUUCGUCUUCCGUGAUUAGUUUGCUUCAGUCCGAUUUAAAAAUAGCCCUAAAGUCUGCAUUUGGUGAAAGAAAUCUGGACGGUCCAUUGCCAAUCAAUGAUUGGUGCAAAGGUCGCUUUCAGUCAAUUGAAGGAGGGAGCAUGUCUAGCGAUGGUUGUACUGUUGAAUCGAUGAUAAAUGAUGCAAAGGAAUCUUCAAGCACUGUAACUCUUGGCAUUGGAGAGCCAAUUACUCCACCCCAAUCUUCUGCGGGCAUUAAAGAUUCCGAACAACAAAUGAUGCCCCCUCGUAGUAAAUCAACAGUUAUGGCACUCUCAGUUCCUUCAAUACUUGUUGGAUAUCAGGACGAUUGGCUCAAGACAUCUGCAAAUGCCAUACAGUUAUUUGAGAAGGCUCCCCUAGAACCAUAUGCUCUUCCCAAACCUAUGACUUAUUACGUUGUAUGUCCAGACAUUGACCCGCUGACUACUGCUGCUGCUGACUUUUUCCAGCAACUGGGAACUGUAUAUGAGACUUGCAAAUUGGGGACGCAUGCACCCCAAAUUGUUGGAAAUCAGAUCGGACUAUCCUCAGAGAAGUGGUCAUCUUCUGGUUUUGUUCUUUUAGAUGUCCCCCAAUCAACUGAAAAGCCUGGAAGCACAUUUUCCUCCAUGGGCUCAAUUAGUGACUUUGUUCUUGCCUUAAGUGAAGGCUGGAACGCAAGCAGCUAUUGCAAAUCUCUUUCGAAGGUGCUCAGGACCCUUCGACUCUCGUCAAAUUUGUCUGCGAAUCAAAAAGAAGUUUUAGGUGGUACAUGUAUGGUGAUCUAUGUUGUUUGUCCCUUCCUCGACCCUGAUGCUGUUCUUCAGACUGUAGUUGAGUCUUCCAGAGCUCUGGGGUCAACCAUUUUUGCAUAUGACAAAGAGAAGAGAUCACUGUUGCACAGUCAACUUGCGAAGGCUCUGAGCUGGUCUUCCAAUGUAGACGAAACAUCAAUUUCCAAUGUUCUAACCCUUUCAGGAUUCAGUAUUCCUAAGUUGGUCUUGCAGAUUGUGACAGCAGAAACAAUCCUCAGGAUAACUAGGCCACCACUUACUGAGUUGGUUGUCUUGAAGGAGAUAGCCUUCACUGUAUACAACAAGGCUCGAAGAGUUCCCCGCUGUAUUAACCCAACUGAAGCAGCACCAUUGUCAAUACUUUUGGGUGGCAGGCUUCGAUCAACAUUGACCCAUGUGGGUUCACCUGUUCCUGGCCUUUGGAAGGAUACAGUGACGUCUCGAAAUACAGGAACCGCUCUUCAAAGAGAUGGCCCACUCAGUUGGGAUAGCUCGUGGCAAGCAAUGAGGCCUGGAGAAUCUCUUUGUGAUUUUAGUGCUUCAGGAGACGUUCUUUCUCAGGACGAAUUGCGAUACUUAUUUGAACCACUAUUCAUAUUGGCAGAUCCUGGCUCCUUGGAGCAGGGGGUGUCACUUACUGCUUCAGAACCAUCUAGAUAUGAUGAGACCAGUGGAGUAUGUAACAACCUGGGUGGCUCUGCAGAUACUAUGGCUGGAACCCCCAUCAUUGACGUAUCAGAAAGCGAUGGUGUGGUUGGAUCUUGCAGUCAAAAGGUGGUGAGCCUUCAUUGCUGCUAUGGGUGGACUGAGGAUUGGCGUUGGCUAGUCUGCAUAUGGACAGAUUCAAGGGGAGAGUUGUUAGACAGCCAUAUUUUUCCAUUUGGGGGUAUUAGUGGUCGUCAAGACACAAAAGGUCUCCAGUGUCUCUUUGUACAAGUUCUUCAGCAGGGUUGUCAGAUGUUGUCAUCCUUUGCUACCGAUGCAGCUAUUGUCAAGCCUAGGGAUAUUGUAAUCUCGCGCAUUGGCAGCUUCUUUGAGCUGGAGUGCCAAGAAUGGCAGAAGGCUAUUUAUGCGGUUGGGGGAAAUGAAGUUAAGAAAUGGCCCUUGCAACUGAGGCGAUCUGUUCCAGAGUCAGCAUCUGGUAAUGGAAACUCCCUACAGCAGCAGGAGAUAAGCUUGAUGCAGGAUAGAGCCAUGCCUUCUCAACCAAACCCUUCUCUUUAUGGCUCUCAUUCAAAAUCAUCCAGCUUUUUGAAGGGUGGACUAACACAAACAAAUACAAGAAAGCAGAUGUUGCCAGGACAGCUUGUGGGAGAUGCCCCAAGAGGAGUUUUCCAGUGGGUGCAGAGUAUCAGCUUCGUAGCAGUCUCCGUCGACCAUACCCUGCAGUUGAUAUGCCCUGUAGAGAUGGGUGCCUCUCCUACUGGGGUAGGAAGUCAAGGUGUUGGAGGACCGCCAAGCUACUGGGAAGGGUUCAGUUCAGUCAAAUCUCUUGGUUCAACUGCAGCAUCUUACAUGGUCAUACCAAAUCCGAGUAUGCGUUUUCUCCCUCCCAUGCCUUUGCAGCUCCCGGUGGGGCUCACAGCCGAGUCCCCGCCUCUUGCUCAUCUCUUACACAGCAAAGGUUUGGCCAUUCCUCUCACAACUGGGUUUGUGCUAUCAAGGGCAGUGCCCACAAUCAGGAAGGAUUUCAUGAGAAAUGUCAAGGAUGAAUGGCCUUCGAUCCUUUCUGUCAGUUUAGUUGAUUACUAUGGUGGUGGUGCCUCCAGCAAUAUUAAUGCCCAGGAAGUGUCAUCAUCAGGUAAGGGUGGUGGAGUUAAGCAGUGCAGAAUUCCAAGUUCAGAGAACAGUGGGUUAGAUGCUCAUCAGAUUUUAGAGGGUGUGGCAGCAGAAUUACAUGCUCUCUCAUGGAUGACGGUUAGCCCAUCAUAUCUAGAGAGACGCACUGCUCUGCCAUUCCAUUGCGACAUAUUGCUGAGGCUGAGGAGGCUUCUUCACUAUGCGGAGGGGCAGCUUUGUGAACAGGAGAAGUUUCAAUGAGUGAGGAAACUACAAUUCCACAUUAGUCUCUCUUUAUGCCUAGAGAAAAUACGUGGGGGCAUCGGCAGCUUUUUGAUAGGUCGCUGUAUAUUUCGAGCCCCUCCAAUUAUCCAGCAAGGUAUCCUUAACGGUUUCUGUACAAGUAAAUUUCUGAAUGAGUAAAGUUUCUGUAUGUUGUACGAAUAUUCUACCCAGGCCAUCUAAUUCGGACUCACUUCCCCCAUUUGGGGGUUUGUAGAUGAAUUGGAAAUCUGGAUUUUGGAAUGUAACAGUAGAAAUUUCUGAUAGAUAUC